AUGACUGUUGGCUCCAACAACCAGAACAUAUCAUUCUUCGCUAGCGGUGAUUACAACGAGACCUACAUUUACGGAACAUAUGGAUUCUGUAUGGGCUACUCAUCUGGAGCAUGCGUGAAAUUCCGUGGCGGCGCAUAUGACGCAUCAAAAUCAUCUACGGACAAAUCAAUCGGUAAUCGAAAGGCCAGUGAUGGCUUCGAAGCGAAUUGGACAGAAGACAGUUUAAGCCUGGGCAGCAACAUCUCACUGUCUUCAUUUGGAUUCGGCGUUCCAAAACAGGAUCUCAACCAAGCUUUCACCAGCCAGUCUCAACUGGGCCUAGGUAGGAACUCAUCCUUCCUGCGAGCACUCGUCUCCGCCGGCGAUAUAGGUACAAAAGCAUACUCCUUGUUUUGGGGACUCGUCGGCGGUCCUGUGGAAAAGCAGACUAGGGGAUCAUUGGCCCUCGGUGGCUUGGACAAAUCGUUGAUCGCAGAUCAAAAUGACAAUUUCACGGCGUCGCUGUUCUAUGGCAGUAGAUGUGGGACAGGCAUGGUGGUAAUGAUCAGCGACAUCCUUCUGAACUGGCCGGAUGGUACCGAUACCAGCAUCUUCAUGGGAUCGCAAUCAGCGGUCAUGCAAGCGAGUAUCAGUCCCAGUUUCGUAGGGCUGAUGUCCCUUCCAUUAAGCUACUACAACAGCUUUUGGUCGCUCGCAGGCGUUCCGCCUGCGGAUAACAAGAGUGAGGCGAGAAGCCUCGGUAUUAAUUACUUCACAAUGCUCUUUGACCCAAAAGAUGUUCACUACGGUGGCCUGACAAUCAAGCUUCAAAAUAGCAUCUCCGUAGAAGUUCCUAACACCGAACUAGUCGUUCCCGACACAUAUAUCGCGUCAAACGGCGCAGUUCAGACUAAUACCUCGGUCCGCAACAUCGUAAUCAAUUCCGUUCAGCUCGACAAUAACAACGAUCUACCAGUCCUUGGCCGACUGUUUAUGAGUUCGGCCUACGUGAUGGUUAAUCAAGAAGCUGGGAAAUUUCCCGUAUGGCAAGCAAAUACGGGAUCGAAGAAUUCCGAGAUUGUCGCAGUGGAUAGGCAAAAUAAUAUGGUCAGUGAAUUCUGCGCCAAUUCUACGGGCGGCUCAUCAAGUGCUCCAUCCCUGCCCACAUCAUCCACCGCAUCGUCUCCACAAAAUGAAGGAUCAAAAUUGUCAGGCGGCGCGAUCGGUGGGAUUGUUGCUGGUGCGCUGGGAGGUUUUGCCAUUUUGGGCAUCAUUGGCUUCUUUUGGUACCGGAGACGAAGAUCAGGCAGCGCUGCAGCAGAAGUGGCACAAGAACCAGAGUUGCAGAGAGUAGAUGCGAAAGUGACUACGUAUAGCAUGGUGCAAGCCGCACCUCAGGAGCUUCCUGUAGACCAGUAUGAUGCACCAGAGCUGGAUAGUAGAGCCAUCAAUAAGAAUAGAUAUUAG